AUGCAAACAUUUGUCUCAAUAGCCCAGAGUGCCUGGGGAAUCUUUAUAUCCGAAAGGAAACCUGGCUGGAAGAAUCUGAUGCAGCUUUUUGCAGUUUGCUCUGCAGUUGGCUUCCUCUCAAGCAUUCUCCUAUUCUUUGGCAUGCAUUUCUCCCUGGCACACCACCCUUUGGGUCCCUUACUGAUUUCUGGAUUCACCUGGAUCUCACUUUCUAUCGCACUCUCCUAUUUCAAGCACCUGCGCUGUUUUAGUGUCCUGUUCCUUCUUUCUUGUGGACUGCAAAAUGGCAGGAAUGCUCUUAUUACUGCUGGCACGGGCGUUGUGGUGGCCGGCAACAUCCAAAAUAUUUUUCACAACCUAAAGGUUCUGGCAGACAGUAUAACCUGUCAUUUGGAGUAUGAGCAAUUUGCCUUGAUAAAAUAUUAUGUUGAGGCAGUAAAAUGGAUUUACGAGGCGGCCAAGCUUCCCACUGAACUAUCUGAAUAUAUAGUGUUCCUAAGGCAUAAUUUCACACCAUCUUAUUCAAUUUCAAAUGAUGCAUUUAAGCAAGAGCUAAAUGACACAAAGCAAGAAAUCCAGAGAGUUGCAAACCAGAUAUCUUUUAUGCUCACUAUACUGCCCUAUAUAGGCCAGAAAGUAUUGCCUAUAGUGGCGAUUUUUCUAGCUUCUUUUGGAACUGGUACCUUUAUAAAAAAAUUUGUGGGCUCUCACAGUGCCAAAUUUAAGAAUACUUAUAUCACAAAAAAGUUCAUCAGGUUUGAUGAGCACCAAAAGCAACAGCAAAGACCCUGCCUUCUGCCACUUAACAGAAAAGAAAGAAAAGUUUAUGUAGCAAUUCCAUCUUUUAGCCUCACAAGGAAGGACAGAAAAAACAUGCAGUAUUUUUUUCUCCCUGUAAUUAUUCAUCUUUGCAUCUGGCUUCUGUUUGCUGCAGUAGAUUAUUUGUUUUAUUGGUUAAUUAUUUCUGUGAAUAAAUAUCUCCAAGAAGUACCGGAUCUAGAGAUUCAGCUCAGCCUCUUUCAGCAAAGGAAUGAGAACAGCUUUAUCAUUGGUAUGAGAGAGCAUACUGGAAAGACUGAUUCUUUCAAGAUCUCUCUGUUUAAGCAUGACUGCAUCCCUCAGCCAGAGCUCACUCUCUCCACGACAUGGAUCCAGCUUGGAGUCAUAAUCUUCUUCUUAAUAAUUUUUGGGUUAUUCUCUGGCCUCCUGACCCAACUUAAAGUACUCGUGUCAACUUCAUUUUAUCCUGACACUGAGAUGAAACGGAUACAUUAUUUGCAUACAAAAUUACUCAAGAAAAGAGCAAAGCUACAAGAGAAAACUAGGAAGAAGAUAUUUGCUAGAACGGUCAACUUUUGGUUUCCAAUACUCAAGGCAAGAGAGGCAGUGAGGGAGAAAGAAAGGAGCGUUGCAAAUGACAACAUGGUGUGA